UCUAGAUCUAGAUCUAGGCCAAAUUCUUAUUUGAACGUGAAAUGACGAAUGUUACUUCUCUAUGCUCUAGUUUUCCUAAUGAUCCUGAUAAGUGCGAUGUGAUUAUUUCUUUAAGAAAAACAUCAGGAGCUUUGUCUUUCAUAGGAUGUUUGUUCAUGAUAUGCAUCAUCUGGAUUUUCAAGAGAUAUGUUGUCUUUGCUCAGCGCUUGAUCCUGUAUCUAAGUAUAGCCGCAAUGCUGGACAGUAUAGGCUAUCUUAUGAGUGCAGACAUUGAAGAUGGCCCAGUAUGUAAUUUUCAAGGAUGGUGGCUAACUUUUUUUGAUUGGGUGGUUUUGCUGAGUGUUUCCUGCAUUACUUUUAAUUUAUUCAUGAAUGCAGUCAAACAAAUUUCAACAGAGAAAUUUGAAUGGCUGUACCUGGCUGUUUGUGUGCUGGUGCCACUUCUGAUUUCCUGUUUACCUUUUGCUGGUGACCACUAUGGACCUGCUGGAGCCUGGUGUUGGAUUGUAGAGGAUUUUGCUUGGAGAGUUGGUGUCUGGUAUGGGCCACUUUUCAUCAUCAUUCUGUGUAUGAUGUUUGCUUAUGGCUACAUCAUCUUCAGCCUCAGACAAAAGGCAUCCAAUUGGGAGGGGACAUAUGACCCAGACACAGAAAGGCAACAUCACUUGCUGAAAGAAGAUAUCAAACCACUAAGAGUCUACCCAUUUAUUUAUUUGGCUGUUUCACUUUUCCCUUUAAUUAACAGAGUCCAGAAUGCCAUAGAACCAGACUACCAUAUAUUUGUUUUGGUUUUACUCUCUUCAAUAUUUUCCCCACUUCAUGGAGCUCUGAAUGCCAUUGCAUUUGGCGUAGAUAAAGACACACUGUCAAAACUGCGACCAAGUGAAAUCAAGCUUGCGUUCCGCGCAAAGAUGGCACCAAGAACAAAAGUAGCCGAGUACCCACAGCCUCCAGGUGAUAUGGAUAAACUAGAGGAGAUAACACUGGACUAGAGGGCAUCUGGACUAGAGGGCAUCUGGACUAGAGGGCAUCUGUAUUAGUGGGCUUCUGGACUAGAGGGCUUCUGGACUAGAGGGCAUCUGGACUAGAGGGCAUCUGGACUAGAGGGCAUCUGGACUAGAGGGCAUCUGGACUAGAGGGCAUCUGGGCUAGAGGGCAUCUGGACUAGAGGGCAUCAUUGAUAACACUGGUUGGUAGGUGAAAGCACUGGUACACGGGCAGCAAAUGUAGAACACGGAACUGUUAACAUUU